AUGCGUUUCAACAUUUAUGCCUCCGUGCUGGUCAUCGGAGUAGCAACAAGCUGCAUUUUAGCAGCUCCAGUUCCUGAUGAUGGCAGUCAAUCUUCGUCAAGUACGAGCUCAUCAGUUGUGCCUACAAACACACCAAAUUCAUUUUCCAAUAGUAACAAUAUCAUCGGACCCGUGAAUAACAAUCAGAAUAGCAAUAAAAACAAUAAUCAAAAUAACAUGUAUGGGGAUGAAGGAAGAGUCAUUACUAUUCCUGUUCAAAUCGAUACAUCUAUGCUGCAAGGGUUAAUGGCAGGUGGUACAAGCACAGAUGCAAAUAUUGUUCACAAAAAUAUUGUUAGUACUAAUCAAUUACCGCCUGGAGCAAUCCCAUUCAGUCAAUUUGUUCAAGAUAAUGGAGGUAAUAUUCCACCCCCUGACUCAAAAAACGUCCGUGUGGUCAAGGUUACUGGCUUGCCUCCCCAAGAAGCUAAGGUCGACACCGGAAAUCACGUUGACAAUAAUAACGACGAUCCGAAUGCUACACCAACGCCCGCUUCAAAUACCACUAGUAGCUCGACUUCCACAAAUGCAAGUAGCACUGCGCCACCACCUCCCUCACCCACUGACAAUUCUAACAGUAGCGGCGAUGAUGACGCAAAACCACAGAAGCGACAACAGGAAUGGCAAAUCAGAAAUUAUGGUGAUCAUGAUACACGAUACCGAGCAGCCAUCUUACCGAUGAUGAAUGAAAAGAGAAACUAUCCAACCAAACCUAAUGGUCGUUUCAGUACGGUGUGUGCCAAAAGAGAUGGUUGUGGUGAAGUAACUGAAUCUAUUAUUCCUCACGGUCAAUCUCGGUUACCAGAAGAAAUACUUUCAAAGCCCUAG